GCUGGUUUAGGGUAAGAAGAAAAAGAAAAACUGUUAAUAUAUAUAAUAAUACAAAUAUUUAAUAUUAAAGUAAGGUUAGGGUUAUUUGUAAAUAUGAUAUGCUAAUGUUAACGACUGAAUUGUGGAGGAUCUAACAAUGUGUAAUGUUAGCAUGUCCAUCUUGACAAAAGUUUAAACAUUUAUAUUUGUAUGCGCGAUUGAACGAGCUCAGGUGGGCGGUCCGGUGGGCUUUAAGAGGUUUUAUACAUCCAAAAAAAAAAUGUGUAGCCACACACGACCAGUAAAAUGACUAUUUAAUUGGGACUCAGCUUUUAAUUGAAGUUGUACGGUACUAACAAGAGUUAGCAUUAGCUAGCGUAGCCAUUCAAACUGCGGCUGCUAUUCCCUUGACAGACGUCGCCUUGGGAUUUUCUUUUGGGGCUUCAGUAAAUUAGCCUAACCACUUCUCUGGUAUCGGGUGGUUGAAAACACUCCUGCUCUAAGUUUGUACCAGUUAUUAUGGCACAAAACAUUCCGGUUUUCCUCGAAGCCAUAGUGAUUCAAAGAGUUGUUUUAGCUAGACAAUGACCGGAAGUGCAUGACCGGAAGUGUCACACAAAAAACUUCAAUUAGCUGUGUCCGUAUUUCAUAAUAUGUCAUAAGAACUUUGCUGGAUCCAUGUCUCUAUACUAUCAUUAUAUAUCAUAUACACUUUGCCAGACGGUCUUUCUAGUCUCGUUUGGAACUGAAACUUCUUGCCAAACUAACCAAUUAACAUUAGUCCUAAUCCCUGAAGCCCUUUCUCUUGUAAAGCCGAUAACACUUCCAAUAAAGCAUAGACAUCACCUUUGUCUUUGCGUGGUUUUUCUGAGUUGCAGCCCCUUCUUCGCUUCACUCUGGUGCCCCAAUAAGGAAUAGGCUCAUUGCUGCCUGUGCCCGUUAGUAGGAACACCACAAUGGGCAGUAAUGAGUCUCUGGAGGACUUUCUACUAUAACUACUACUCAACAGCCAGCAGUUAGAUACUGCUACUCUUCCACUAGGUGGUGGGCACGCAUCACACUCAGACACUUCUAUUGUCUGUCCCUACAGUCCUACUGUAUCCUAUUUACUCAAUGAAUUGCCUGCACAUGGGAAGAUAAAAUCUGAGCAUAUAAAUGCGCAAUUGAAUAGACUGUAGCUAGAGUCGCUAGCUUGGCUCAGGUUUGGACCAACGCCCUCAAAGGUAUUUCUGACUUCCGAGUUUGGAAACGAAAGCAGCCUGCCACACUUGUUACGUUCAGAGGUACAGUCUCCCUAAAGUACAAUCUGGAGGGAAAACUUCCUGACAAUUGAUCAUGUCAGCCAAAGACACGGUGAUAUGUAAUAAAAUAGCCAUUCAGACAGCUUUGUGUGCAGACCGCAGGUUUAUCCUUAACAAAGUUCAUGAGAAGAACCUGAUAACUCAACGUGAGUACAACAACCUUAAAAACAUCAACAAAGAAGAUGAAGAGGGGCACGUCAUUGAGCUUGUGGAUAAGAUCAUCAAUAAGGGAGAGGACACCUGCCAAGCCUUCCUGGACCUCCUGCAAACUGAUGAGAACAUUAAAUUGACUUACCCAGAGCUGAAGAACCUACAGUUGAACAACAGCUGCUUUUUACCUAACCCUGUCCAAGCUUGUUCAAGUGACACCAGUGAUGUUCUGUCACGAGAGAGCAAGAGGCGAAAGGAGGACUUGCAGUAUCAGUUGAACAGCCAGCCUACCGGCCUCUGUGUGAUCAUGAACAACGAGAAUUUCAUGCAGAACAAAACAAGAAGUGGAACCAACAAAGAUGCUCAAAGUUUGGCAGAGGUGUUCAGCUGGCUGGGGUUCAGAGUGCUGAUGUGUAAAGACCAAACCAAGGACCAGAUGGAUCGGGCACUGAAAUGCUUUGCUUCUCUGAGCGACCUCUCUCAGCUGCAGGAGUUCAGUGUUAAGGAGUGGUCCGGCAGCGGAUUCACUGAUCUUCAGCAGGCUCCUAAGCAUGGCGAUGCCUUUAUCUGCUGUAUUCUUAGUCAUGGAGAAGAGGGUGUAGUCUUUGGGUGCGAUGAUGAGGCCCUCUCCAUUAAACAAAUAACUCGAACUUUCAAGGCCUCCAACCGAUCAGCCCUCACCGGCAAGCCCAAAAUGUUCCUGAUCCAGGCCUGCCAGGGAGGGAACAUUCAGUGUGGAGUGUUAUGUAAAGAUCUGCAGGCUGAUGAUUGUCAUUCACUCCCCAUCCCUGAGGAAGCCGAUGUUCUAGUUGCCAUUGCCACUGUUGAAGAUCAUGUAUCAUUUAGACACAGAAUAGAUGGGAGCUGGUUCGUCCAAUCUGUGUGUCAGCAGCUGAAGGAGGGCUGCCCGAGGGGUGAAGACAUCGUCACCAUCCUCCACCGCGUGAACAAUGAAGUAGGCCAGAAAGAGGCCUCCAGGGAACCUGGUACAGCGAAGCAGAUGCCUCAAGUUAGGUUCACCCUGAUGAAGACACUUGUGUUGUCACCACAUCACAACUGAAGCUUAAUCACCACAAAUCAUGUAAACACAGCAUACUUUAUGUUUUAAUUAAGGAUGUAUAAUUAACUCAGGGGAAGAGUUUUCUUGAAAAUGUACUCUUUUUAUCAUUCUAAAUCUUUUAUUUUUAAAUCAUCACAUUGAAUCAUUGUCUUUUAUAUAUAUUUUAUAUAUCAAAGAUUUUUGUCGCAGUAUAAACCUGUUUUUUGAUUGGUGGUGGGUCCAGGUUUUAAUGAGUGGCGGUUAACAUAAGCUUUAUGGAGUUAUACUACUUCACCAGAACUUUUUAACCAACAUAAGCCCUGAAUACUGGUGACAUUGCAAAUUAGUUCAUAAUGUAAAAAGGUAUUUUUAUUGCCUAUGCAUAUUUAGUAUUGGAUACUGUUCCAAAAGCAAUAUUUUUUAUUGCUUUAAGUAAGUAAGUUAUUCUUCUUUUUAUGGCUUAUUCAAACACAACCAGUACAGCUUUAGUUAAUUUAUAUGAAAAACGUAAAAUAGAUGCCAAAAAGACCAAUAACUGCAUAAUAAAGAGAAAAGCCAUUUAAGGACUGCAGUUGAAAAUUAGCCAGCUGAUUAAACACGGACACAUUUAAAGAAAUGUUGAUUCAUGUGCGUAGUCCUUAUGAAUAAAGACAUGAAAUGAAA